CCGGGGAACUUUUGUCUCGUUUCCUGACCUUGACUUUCCAUUUUGGGUGGGCGGGCUUUUGGAUUACGACCUGUGGAUUGAUGCCGUGUCCUUCGAAAUCUCUUGUAAUACGGCAUGCGAACGUACAGUUCGUUGUAUGGCCUCGUGUAAUACAAAUGGGCUUCUGAAGUAUUAUGCAGAUGUCAUUCUAAAUGGGGAUAACCUUAUUUCACUUACUCAACCCCACAAUAGUUUUGAUAACAACGAUUCUACUGAAAGAAAAUAUACUAAUAUAAUGGCUCCUCGGACAGAUCCUUCCUUUGUUUCAAUGCCCGUGCAAGUAAACGGUACUUCCGAUGCUAUUAAAAACGAUAGUACAAUGGGAAAUGAGGCUGAACAGUCUGUUUCUUCUGAACAGGUUUCAUCUGAUAAAUCACAGAGUUGUCUUGCUACCGACAAUGAGACAUUAAUUCCGAGCUCACAAUCUGAUCAUAUUUCCACAAAGCUUCAAAAUCAAACUGUUUGCGACAAAUUAAUUGAUUAUGAGAGAACUCUUCAAAAUCAUUCUUUGCUCACACAACGUUUAUCUGUCUGUUCUCAGCGUUUAUUUCAUAAUCGCACUAGAGCCCUCAGUUUAUUAACACGGUUGCUCGCCUGCAACUCUUCUGUAUCACAAGAUAAAUUACUUUCCAGCGAUUCUUUGCCUAGCAUUAUAUCACCAAACUUGACGUAUGAAGAUACAGAAAGUAGUACCGACGACGAAGCUGAAAUGAAGAAGGCUUUGUCCAGCUCUAAACAGUCUUGGUUAUACACUCGUUCCGUAACGCAUUCAAACUGGCAUUGGUUAUGUACAGAAAUAAAACAUGCUGAAAAAUGUUUACAAAAUCUUUAUAUGUUAAAAAAUAACUCUGAUCAGGAAAAGUUAUCUCAGUAUCAAAGUAAUAGUAAUAACAUUGAAAAUGAUGCAGAAGUUAGCUGUUCUCGUACAUCUCCAUACAUAAAUACCAAACGGAAACGACAUACUUAUCACAAUCUCUCAUCACCUAAAUGCGUUAGUGCGAUACAGGAACUACGCAAACAUUCACUUAGUGAUCCUCACAUUAAAUGCUCUUGCAUUCCCCCAUUUAUUGGACCAUGCAUCUUAUGCUGUGGCUCUGAACCAAGUACUAGUCACACGGAGUUGGCAAAUAAAUCAGAUGAACGUGAUUUACUUAUGUCAGCCCACUCGUUAUGUAGUCAUAUUCAUCCUAAAUUGUCAAUUCCAGGAGAUGUCCAACUAGGUCUUCGUUUAGAAUCCCGUCUCGCUGCAUAUUCAUCAGUUCAUUUCCGACCCCAUAAAGCCACUGUGCAUCAUGUACAACCGUGGGACAAACCAGAUUGCCUUCAGCCAUUAGAGCCUAUUAAUCGCCAUACACCUAAUACAUCUAAGCUUAGCACUCAACCCAAUCAACCAACAGUAAAACCACCAAAAUGUCCGCCGUCACAGACAAGAAAUUCUCAUUUACGCAAACGCAGAUUACUAUCGUCCAAAAACUCACGUACUUAUCCUUUAUCAUCAGCACACUCAGUGACGUUACCUCCUAAAACUCCAAGAUCUGUACAGAACUCCAACAAUAACAGUAAUAAUAAUAAAACUGAAGAGCAAUAAAUCAAGAUAAAUCUCAAUUACAUUAUGUAAUCCUCGAAAUAUUUGUGCUUUUUCUGUCCAUUAUAUGUGUAUUGUAUAUGCUUGUGACAUAGAUUAUUAGAUUUCCUUUAUAUAUACAUUCUCAUACCUGUGUAACCUUUCUUUUUUAUUAUUACUAUUAUCCGGUAAACAAUUAUUUAUUAUCUGUUUACAUCUGCAUGUAUGCAUGUAUUAUUAUUAUUACUAUUAUAUAUUUAUAUACAUAAGUAUAUAUUAUGGUGAACUUGUAUUAAACGCAUUUACUAUAUCUAGUCCUUCACUGUAAUUUUCAACAGUAAAUUAUCUUUAUGAAGGGGAAGGUUUUGGUACACUUUUCAUUCCUUAAUCUCUAGAAGAGACCAACUGAAAUUCACUGUUGUGUCUGUUCGCUUUAUAAAUCAGAUAAAAAUGACAAAAUAUUAUUGAUAAAUCUUUCAUAUUUCUUACUAUAAUCAUUAUUGUUAUUAUUGAUAUUAGUAGUAGUAUCUUUUUAUCACAUCACAAAAGACCAUUUUUAUCUUAUUUCUAUUUACGGAUUAAUGAAUUUUUGUAUCAUGUUCUUCUCAUUCUCUUUUUUUUUCAAAUUCGAAAAUUGUAUUAAUCUGAACUGUUUUAUAUUUUUGCAAUAGCGAGGAUAACAUACAUUUAUUUCUAUUUAUAAAGAAAGUGUGUUAAUCGCUUCCUGUUGUUGUUGAUGUUGGUGUUGUUGCUGUUUUUCUUUAGAAAGGAAAACUCUAUUGUUAAUUAUAUUUUUCCUCUUCCUUCAACCAUUUUUCAUCGUUGUAUUAUUGUAUAACAACAGAGGUUUGUAUAUUUUUCUUUCUUUUUUUUUAAAACAAAUUGUAUAUUCUUAUUCAAUAAUUUAAUCAGUGCAA